CCUAAAUACCAAAAAAGAGAUUGGUGCUGGUGCUUGAAGAGAGGAAGAGAGAGCGAGUGUGUGUGUAUAUAAAAAAAAGGGCCAUAAAAAAAAGAAGAAUACUUUUUAUGUGUGGAGACUUGUUGGGAUUUGUUGAGUGCUAAAAUUAAAGAAAGGUUUUUCUUGAAGAGAGAGAGAGGGAGAAGAUAUGGGGAGAGGUAGGGUUGAGUUGAAGAGAAUUGAGAACAAGAUCAACAGGCAAGUAACAUUUGCAAAGAGAAGGAAUGGACUUUUGAAGAAAGCCUAUGAGCUUUCCGUUCUUUGUGAUGCAGAGGUUGCUCUCAUCAUCUUCUCCAAUAGAGGAAAGCUGUACGAGUUUUGCAGUAGUUCAAGCAUGCUCAAAACUCUUGAGAGGUACCAGAAGUGCAAUUAUGGAGCACCAGAGCCAAAUGUGUCUGCAAGGGAGGCCCUGGAACUGAGUAGUCAGCAGGAAUAUCUGAAGCUUAAAGCACGUUAUGAAGCCCUGCAAAGAACCCAAAGGAAUCUUUUGGGAGAAGAACUUGGCCCUCUAAGCAGCAAAGAGCUAGAAUCACUUGAAAGGCAGCUUGAUAUGUCAUUGAAGCAGAUCAGAUCAACAAGGACCCAAUACAUGCUGGAUCAGCUCCAUGACCUACAGCAUAAGGAGCACAUGCUGACUGCAGCUAAUAAGUCCCUGAAAGAAAGGUUGAUGGAAGGCUACCAAUUAAAUUCACUCCAGUUGAAUCCAAGUGCAGAAGAUGUGGAGUACGCUAGACAACAAGCCCAACCCCAGGGUGAUGGGUUUUUUCAUGCUUUGGAGUGUGAACCUACACUACAAAUUGGGUAUCAGCCAGAAAAUAUAACAAUGGUCACUGCUGGCCCAAGUAUGACUACUUACAUGCCAGGUUGGUUAGCAUGAUAAGAAGACUAGCUAUGGUUCUCACUCUCAGCCAUGCAUGGUAUUCCUUUCCUCAACAUGAUGGUUCCCAUAUUUGAUCAGCAAAUUUGUGUUUUGUCUUGUAUGUUAUUGAUGAAACAGUCUUCGUUUAGCACGUAGGUGGUCUAUAUCAUAAUUCUACUGCACCGUAGGAACAGUGCAAGUAAUGCUUUGUGUGGCGUGUGCAAAGCACUGCGCUGCUUCGUUUAGCACUUAGCAGUUGCAGGCUUUUCUUUUUUUUUUCAAAUGAAGAAUAAUUCUCCUUUGUAUGUAAGACCAUAAGAUACUCCAGCUUUUAAUGUGUUCCUAUCUAUCUGUUUAUCUUUACGUGAC